GGGUUUUCUUAAAACUAUAGGCAUUUCAUGCUGUGUGCGUAACUACUGGGGGUAACAAGGGCUUCUUGUUCCAUGAGUACGGCCAAUACGAACUCCAAGCUGUUUCCUAAUGUAACGCCGAAAUCUUUCCGUUAAGAUUUGAAAUAUGAAUGAUAGUUGUUGGUUAUUGAAGUGGAUGACUAUUUAUGGAGUGGUGAAUAUUCUGGUUCACUAUUCGAACCAUCAUAUUUCCAAGUCACAAAUACAGAAUGAGAUAUUGUUUUUACAGUCGUUCUUACCUUUACUGAUAUAUUAUGUCUAUUAUUUCUUUAUGUCCAACAGGAAGUCAUUCUUUCCUUCUUGGAACAGAACAAUAGCUUAUGGUCCUGUUGCUGUAUUCCAUGCAGGUUCUUUAUAUUCCAUGUUUCAGGCCUUAAAGUACUGUUCUUUUCGUACUGUUGGAGUUGGUCGUUUUAUUGCUCCUAUACUAACUUCUCUUUACGAAGUGUUUGUUCUACAGUCCGUUCGUUGGAGUAAGAUUCAGUUCCUUUACCUUGUGGGGACUUUUAUGGGUGCUGUAUUGUCGUUUCGAGAUGUCGAGUUUUAUGGCAAUAUCCUUUCUAUUCCGUGGAUAACGACGAGUGUGGUUUGUACAGCAGGUGGAACUAUCUACGCGAAGCAUUUGUUGCAGUAUAAAAUUUGUCCGACUCAAGCGAGCUAUUUGGAAAAUUUGUAUUGUAGUGUCUUCUUUCUUUUACAAUCCUUUUGGUCGGUACCGUAUGGGUGGAAACAACAGAGUUGGAAAGAUUCCGUAUCGUUGCCUUGGAUCACCAAAGCUACCUUUUUCGUCUCUGUUUUCACUGGCUAUCUUAUCACUUUAUCGAGGCAACAUUUGCGUAAAGCACUGGGACCAACCAAGUUUCUGGUAUUUGUUGGACUGAUUAGGAUAAAUAGCUUGUUUCUUGUUUCUAAGUUACUCUUGAAGAGUCUUUCGUGGAGCGGUUUGACUGGAGUGGGGUUGAUUGUGGGUUGCAGUAUCAAAUACUUGAUUCAUCAAGAUAUAAAAUGCAGUCCAUCAGGAAAUUCUAAAGAUGUUGCCAUUUCGUCACCAUAGUGGAUCUUUGAAGCUUGCAGGUAGGAGUUUGCCAGUCAGUCAAGGAACAGCUAUAAGAUCAGAAGUAUGAUAAAAGCGCAAAAUACCAAUUGAAUCUUGAAACAUUUCAUAGUUUCAUUCCGACAUUAUUUAUUUCUAGACGGAAGAAUUUCUAUCGUUAUGACCAUCGAUAAUUCAUCAUGAUGACGUACUUUGAAGAACUUGCAGAUUGAUUGAAAAUUCCAUCGAUAACUCAUCAAGAAAAAGGAAUUGGCAAGAACUUGUCAUGAUUGAUAUGAAAAUUACGUUAAGAAAAAAGAACAAAAGAUGAAAUUAUAUACGACAGUUAUCAUUGUUAGUCGAGUUACCUUAACAUAAAAAUAGCAUAUAGUGAAAUUAUAUUCGGCAUUUUGUUUGUUAGUCGAGUUUCCCUAUCUUUCAAAUGUUAUGUUGACAACAUUGUUUACAACUGUAUAAAGUGUUUCCUGCAAUUCAACAUGUUCAUUUCAUUUGACUUUGCCUAGUUGUGAUUGUUUUUU